AUGGGCGAUCGCAAGGUGAUCAAUGUUUACCUCCUGGGUAUCGGCUUCAUGCUCAUCUUCACCGCCUUCACUACCUGCGGGAACAUAGAGCAAACAGUAAUAAGGAGUUUGACCAACAGCAGUUUCUCCAGCAGCGGUUACAACAGCCUUGCCAUUAUUUAUGGAGUAUUUUCAGCUUCAAAUCUCAUUGCACCAUCUGUAGUAGCGGUUGUUGGACCAAAGAUGUCAAUGGUUUUCAGUGGAGUUGUUUACAGCGGUUACGUGGUUUCAUUCAGUAAGCCAAUGACUUGGUCAUUCUAUAUUACAUCCAUCUUCAUUGGAUUUGCUGCAGCUGUGCUCUGGACUGCUCAGGGAAACUUCCUUAUCUUGAACUCUGACUGCACCACUAUCAAUAGGAAUACUGGGAUCUUCUGGGCUCUGUUACAAUCCAGCAUGUUGUUUGGAAACCUCUAUGUUUACCUCCGAUGGAGAGACAUAACAUUGAUCUCAGAUCAUGACAGGAGUACUUUGUUUAUCGUAUUGUUCGUGAUCUCUCUUGCUGGGACAGUCAUCCUACUUGCGCUGAAAAACAUCAAACACUUGCACCACCACUCGGAGAUCAAUGAUCCUCUACUUCUUGAUUCUAUGCUGUUUAAAGAGAAGGCGAUGUCGACUCUGGAUCAGAUCACAUCAGAGUUCAGGUCAAUGUUGAGGUUGUUUUGUACAAAGAACAUGCUGCUACUGAGCAUGCCAAUUGCAUAUAGUGGCCUGGUGCUGACCUUUUACAGUGGGGUGUAUGGUACAUGCAUUGGAGCCACCAGACAGUUCGGGACAAUGGCCAAGGGUCUGAUUGGUCUCUCGGGGAUAUUCAUUGGCAUUGGAGAGAUUCUUGGGGGUGGGGUCUUCGGGCUGCUGUGUAUCAAUAAUCAGUUCCGACGUACCUCAGCAAUCCUUCUCGGAGUCAUUGUGCACUUUCUGGCCUUCUAUCUGAUCUUCCUUAUAAUCCCAGGUGAUGCACCAAAAGGUGGUGCAACCAGCGGUCACUUUGAGCCCUAUCUGUCUCCCAGUCCCUCUGCAGCACUGGUAAGCAGCUUCCUUCUUGGCCUUGGUGAUAGUUGCUUCAACACUCAACUCUACAGCAUUCUUGGCAUCCUUUAUCCACAGCAAAGUGGCCCAGCCUUUGCAAUCUUCAAAUUUGUACAGUCUAUUUCUGCUGCAGUGGCUUUCGGAUACAGCAAUUAUCUGGUGCUGUCAUCACAGCUCCUUAUCCUGACCACCUUCUGUUUUAUUGGCACACUUUCCUUUUUCAUUGUGGAGAAAAUUGAAGACAAUGCCUCAGGCUUGCAAGAUUUCUGA